CCCCAACCUAAACAGUAAAAGUCACAUUAAAUGAAAUAGCUCUACUUCCUGUUAUGCUGAUACCGAAUUAAAGAAUGGUCAGCUCUGAGUCGAGCUGUGUCUUUGUUUGUUAUGCAUGUGACUUGCUGAAGCGGAAUAAGCAGGGUCAUUGUUCACGGAGAGAUAUAAUCACAGGAGUCUGCAGGAGAGUGACACGACGCCACGCUGCAGGAGCUGUGUACUCUGUCACUAGUUACAGAGGGCAGAGAUAGAGGCUUAACUACUCGUGCUGCAACUUUACACGUCAGAUCUAAGGUUCAUGUGUCCACAGACUGGGCUAUUCGAGCCUUCUAAACUUUAUCUCUGUGUGCUUAUAACAACAACAGCUGAGAGAGAGAUGCAACACAGUGAGCCCUGAAAACAAUGGGACCUGUUAAACCCAGAGGAACUACCAUCUCUGAGGAGAUGAACUUUUUAAAGUAGCAGUCUUUUCAGGACCUGGUCCUGGCUGCCCUCCAUGGCGUGCCCUGUCCAGUUCCUCUGCCGGGGGAUUCGCACUGUUGGACUAGUUCUCCUAUACUAUGCCUUCUCUAUAGGCAUCACCUUCUAUAACAAAUGGCUGAUGAAGGAUUUCCACUUCCCACUCUUCAUGACGCUGGUUCACCUCACCAUCAUCUUCUGCCUGUCGACUCUGACACGGCGAGUCAUGCAGUGCUGGACGGGGAAGCCACGCAUCGUUCUGAGCUGGAGGGAUUACCUCCGCAAAGUAGCACCCACAGCUUUGGCAACAGCUCUGGAUAUUGGACUUUCCAACUGGAGCUUCCUCUUCAUCACCAUCAGCUUGUACACCAUGACCAAGUCUUCAGCAGUGCUCUUCAUCCUCUUCUUCUCCCUGCUCUUUAAACUGGAGGAGCCAAACCCAUUCCUGAUCGUGGUGGUCCUGCUCAUCGCCUCUGGUCUGUUUAUGUUUACAUUCGAGUCCACUCAGUUCAACCUGGAGGGCUUCACCAUGGUGCUGCUGGCGUCCUUCAUAGGGGGGAUCCGCUGGACCCUGACUCAGGUCCUGAUGCAGAAAGCUGAGCUGGGCCUUCAGAACCCGAUAGACGCCAUGUAUCACCUACAACCUCUCAUGUUCCUCGGCCUCUUUCCCCUCUUCCUGUUUAAUGAAGGACUCAGCAUCAGCACCACUGAGAAGUUAUUCCGGGUCACAGAGCUCUCGCCUCUCCUGUAUUCACUCUUCACACUGAGCAUCGGCGGCUCGCUGGCUUUCGGACUGGGCUUCUCUGAGUUCCUGCUCGUCUCCCGGACUUCCAGCCUCACUUUAUCCAUAUCAGGGAUCUUUAAGGAGGUGUGCACUCUGCUUUUGGCAGCCUCUCUAAUGGGAGACAGGAUAAGCAUGCUUAAUUGGCUGGGAUUCGCUGUCUGUCUGAGCGGAAUUUCAUUGCAUGUGGGACUCAAAACAUACUAUUCAAAAAGUAAGGGCUUGUCUUUGAGGCAGCUCAACAGUAAGAGCCCAGAGCUCGAGUUGCCCUUGCUGCGACAGAAUGGGGACGACAAAGAGGAUUCAGCUGCUGAUGAAGAUGAGGAGCAGGAAAUCACUCUACACUGACAUCGAAGGAUGCACAUCAGUGAUGUCUAGACUGUCUUCAAACCACUCAUUCCUUUUACGACACUUCAAUCAGAUGGUUUUAACAGUGAUGUCGAAGACUGUUCAGGAAAUACUGCCAAAAAAAGAGGAAACAGCCUCCUUUCCUCUCUUUUCCUCCUCUGAUCAUAUCUUCAGUCCAUAUGAGGUCCUCAAAAUCAGCUGGACGUCGACUUUGGACUUGACACAGGUUAUGAUCUUUUGCCUUAGGGAUGCUUCAAAAAAUGUAGCUGAUACAUCUCGGUGUUAACAGAAAGUGAUGCACGGAGAGAAAAAAGGGAUGCUCUGACACCUUAAAGUGUAGUCGGUCAUUUUUCUUUGACAGAAACGUGACACACAGUGGGAAUAUAGCCUCACAAGGUUUGGUUGCAGAAAGAAUCUGAAGAUAUAUCAUCAUAUUUUAAUCUACACGACUCCAGAGGCUUGUGCUGCUAACUGAAAAUAAGUCAUACAUUUCAUUCAGUGAAGUCAGGAGCUGCAGGGUGGGAGAACCUUAACGUGAAGGUCUCCUGCUUCCUUUUACAGACAUGUGAAAACACAGUAAUUUAAUGUGCCUUGUUAACUCUCAGUGUCUGCGCUGACUACCUUAAAGAGCUAUUUUCAGAACCCAUUUUAACAGAACCAGCUAUUGUGUAGCUACAGUACUUGAGUUGAAAGCCAUUUGAGAAGUACUUUUUAAAUGUUUUUGCUGACUUCCUGUAAGAUGCAGCGUUGUUGCACUUCAGUGAGGAUUACAGAGACGACGUGGUUUCUCAUUUCAAAAUAAAUCUGUGAUAACUAAUCUGUGCUGCAAACUUAA